AUGCUGGACGUUGAGCAGGAUAUUCUACGUAAGAUUGAGAGGGAGAAGAAUAUUAUUCAGGGUGCUUCAAAUUUGAAAAAGCGGACAGAUAAUGUUAUGGUGAUUCAGAAGUGUAACACCAAUAUUCGGGAAGCUCAGCAAAAUAUCCAGUAUCUUGAAGAGACAUUAAAUAAGUUACAGUUGACUGAAGAUCCUGUUCAAACGCUUUCUGUACACCCGGGGUAUGGCCAAUUAAGUACCAUUGCCCCGCAUGAGCACAGAUUUUCUCGGUUGGAUUUGUCCAAGUAUGAUUGUCCAUCUCUCUCUCAGCGCAUUCAAUACAUGUUACAACAACUGGAAUUCAAGUUGCACGUUGAAAAGCAAUACCAAGAAGCAAAUGAUAAGCUAACCAAAUUGUACCAAAUUGAUGGUGAUGAACGCAGCAGUUCUGCUGCUCAAGGAGGCGCUCAAGAGUCAAAGCAGAGAAUACAGUUGUUAACCAAGGCUUUGAAGAAAUACCAAGCAAUUAACGUUGAUAUAGACCAAUUCAGAGACAGUAAUGAUGAUUUGUUGGCAGUUCAACCUAAGUUCAGACGGAAGCAGUUAACUGGCGAAUUUACACUCGGUAUUAGCGCUAUUCGUGACGUUGACCAUAUUCAAUCUCCUCUGUUUUCCAAAAACCCUGAAACUAUCAUAACGGUUAAAAUUGAUGAUGUUGUGAGAGCUAAAACCAAGCCAACAAGAACUGAUAGAUGGCAUGAAGAAUUUAACCUUUAUGUGGAUAAAGGAAAUGAGGUUGAAAUUACCGUAUACGACAGAAUUAACGAUAGGAUUGUCCCUGUGGCUAUCAUGUGGUUGUUAUUGUCGGAUGUUACAGAAGAAAUCCGUAAAAAGAAAGUUGGGCAAGUGGGAUCGCCUAAUUGGUUUGAUGUGGCGAACCCAUUAACAGAUCAAGAUCCAUAUGUUAACACAUCUACAGCACAUCUUCCUCUAGGUGGAUUAGCCUCUGCAUCAGGCCUUUUAGGUACGGCUGAUUUAAGUUCAGAAACAGCCCCGUUGAAACAGCCUAUAACAACUAACGCGUGGUUUGUUCUUGAACCCGCUGGGCAAAUAAUGUUAACGUUGGGUUUUAAUAAAUCGAACCAGAAUGAAAGAAAAGAUUUAAUGGGUGCGUUGCGCCGUCAUGGUGCAAUAGUGAACAGAAGAGAUGAAGUCUAUGAAAAACAUGGCCACCACUUUGGCCAAAAAUCCUUCUACAAUAUCAUGUGCUGUGCUUAUUGUGGUGAAUUUAUACGUUAUUCUGGUUUCCAAUGCCAGGACUGUAAAUUCCUAUGCCACAAGAAAUGUUAUAACAAUGUGGUAACUAAGUGCAUUGCCAAAACAAGCACUGAUACCGAUCCUGAUGAGGCCAAAUUAAAUCAUCGUAUUCCCCAUAGAUUUGAACCCGUCUCUAAUCGUGGAACUAAAUGGUGUUGCCAUUGUGGAUACAUAUUGUCGUGGGGUAAGAAAAAUGUUCGUAAAUGCAGUGAGUGUGGAAUCAUGUGUCAUACUCAAUGUGCGCACCUGGUUCCAGAUUUCUGCGGUAUGUCUAUGGAAAUGGCUAAUAAGGUUCUAACAGCAAUUCAAGACACAAAGCGGUCUCAGCAGCAAAGAUUAAGGGUUUCGCCAUCUUCCAACGGAUCAGAUGAACCCGCUAUGAUGCGUGCAGAUAUGAGUAAUACUGCAGCGAGUACAAAAUCUCCAGUGACUUCACAAAGAAACACAUUAAAUAGUGAACUGUCUGCUGAGUCACAAACGUUGGAUGGUCAGCGAUAUUCUAAUUAUCAAGCUACAUCCAGUUCACAACGUUCUUCCAACUUACCAAAUGAUUACGAAGAUACAGCGUCUAAAGAGAAAUUUAUUAAUAGUCCACCUGAUUUUGCCGACCAGAGUGACUUAACUGAUUAUACGACGUAUUAUAAAUACACCGAUAUGUCCAGUAAUAGGUUCUCCCUUUCAGAUCAGCCUUCUACCCUGGAUCCAAGUUCUGGCUCACCACAGGAUGGAGGAAAACAAGGAGAGGAGGAUAAAACUCUAUUGGCAGAUGAAAAGAGUAACCUGUAUGAAGAAAAUUUAGAUGAAGAACUUCGCAUAGACGAGCUAAAAAAGACCUUAGAGCAGGAAGAGGUUGCAUUGAUGGACAGUCACAGGGAUCUCUUUAUUCCUGAACAGUCUGAAGAUAACGCAGAGCGUAAAUCUUUCAGAUUAUCCGAUGGUAUAACUGAUUUGUUAGACUUGCCGAUGACUGUUGGAACUUCACCUAUAGAGUUCACAGGAAUAUCUACAGAUUUGUCCACAGACCAGAGUCAAAAUGAUGAUAUAGUGGUAACCCCAAUUCAGCCAUUAUCGACAUCACCAAUCAAACCCCAUUCUGCUGGAAGGCACAAAAGGAAAUCUCCAAAGCGUAGGAAGGUUAGUUUGGAUGAUUUCAUAUUAUUAAAGGUUUUAGGAAAGGGCAACUUUGGUAAGGUAUUGUUAGCAAAAUCGAAAAAUACUGAUCGGUUAUGUGCAAUUAAGGUAUUAAAAAAGGAUCAUAUUAUACAAAAUCACGACAUCGAAAGUGCUAGGGCGGAAAAGAAGGUAUUUUUACUGGCAACAAAGGCAAAGCAUCCAUUUUUGACCAACUUGUAUUGUUCUUUCCAAACAGAAAAUCGUAUAUAUUUUGCCAUGGAAUUCAUUGGAGGCGGAGACUUAAUGUGGCAUGUUCAAAACCAAAGAUUGUCGGUUAGGAGAGCUAAAUUCUAUGCUGCCGAGGUGUUACUUGCAUUAAAAUACUUCCACGACAACGGUAUCAUAUAUCGUGAUUUAAAAUUGGAAAAUAUAUUAUUAACUUUAGAAGGUCAUAUUAAAAUUGCAGAUUAUGGUUUAUGUAAGGACAACAUGUGGCAUGGUAAUAAAACUUCCACGUUCUGUGGUACUCCAGAAUUUAUGGCUCCAGAAAUAUUAAAAGAACAAGCUUACACAAAGGCGGUAGACUGGUGGGCAUUUGGUGUCUUGUUGUACCAAAUGCUAUUAUGCCAAUCUCCUUUCUCAGGGGAUGAUGAAGAUGAAGUCUUUAAUGCUAUUCUAACAGAUGAACCCUUAUAUCCAAUAGAUAUGGCAGGAGAUAUAGUCCAAAUCUUCCAAGGGUUAUUAACAAAAGACCCUGAAAAGCGAUUGGGUGCUGGAACCCGUGACGCACUGGAAGUUAUGGAGGAACCGUUCUUCCGCAACAUUAAUUUUGAUGAUAUAUUUAACUUACGUGUGGAAUCUCCUUAUAUUCCAAUCAUUAAAGCUGCUGACGACACUUCAUAUUUCGAGAAGGAAUUCACUGCUGCUCCACCCACGUUGACCCCGUUACCUUCAAUACUAAGUUCUAACCUGCAAGAAGAAUUCCGUGGCUUUUCUUUCAUGCCUGACGAUCUUGUACUAUGA